AUGGAGCCCGCGACCGCGCCCCAGCCCGACAUGGCGCCGGAGCUGACCCCGGAGGAGGAGCAGGCCACCAAGCAGUUUCUUGAAGAGAUUAACAAGUGGACAGUUCAGUACAACGUUUCCCCCCUCUCUUGGAAUGUGGCCGUCAAAUUCCUCAUGGCCCGGAAGUUUGAUGUGCUACGCGCCAUUGAGUUGUUUCACUCCUACAGAGAAACACGAAGGAAGGAGGGCAUUGUGAAGCUGAAACCUCAUGAGGAACCUCUCCGUUCUGAGAUCCUUAGUGGAAAAUUCACCAUCUUAAAUGUUCGGGACCCAACAGGAGCCUCUAUCGCCCUCUUCACUGCCAGAUUACAUCAUCCCCACAAGUCAGUCCAACAUGUGGUACUUCAGGCUCUGUUUUACUUGCUGGACAGAGCUGUGGAUAGCUUUGAAACUCAGAGGAAUGGACUGGUGUUUAUCUAUGACAUGUGCGGUUCUAAUUAUACCAACUUUGAGCUGGAUCUUGGCAAGAAAGUCCUAAACUUGCUAAAGGGAGCUUUUCCAGCUCGUUUGAAGAAAGUGCUGAUUGUGGGAGCACCCAUAUGGUUCCGAGUGCCGUAUUCCAUCAUCAGCCUCCUUCUGAAGGAUAAAGUUCGGGAGAGGAUUCAGAUACUGAAGACGUCUGAGGUCACCCAGCACCUGCCCAGAGAGUGCCUCCCGGAAAACCUGGGUGGAUAUGUCAAAAUUGACCUUGCCACUUGGAAUUUCCAGUUUCUAUCCCAGAUGAAUGGCCACCCCGAUCCCUUUGAUGAGAUCAUCCUGUUCUCCCUCCCUCCGGCCUUAGACUGGGACUCAGUGCAUGUCCCAGACCCCCAUGCCAUGACCAUCCAGGAGUUGAUGGACUAUGUUAGCACCAGGCAGAAGCGGGGGAUAUACGAGGAGUAUGAAGACAUCCGUCGUGAGAACCCAGUUGGUACUUUCCACUGUUCCAUGUCUCCAGGAAACCUAGAGAAGAACCGCUAUGGGGAUGUACCCUGCCUGGACCAAACUAGGGUGAAGCUGACAAAACGAAGUGGCCACACUCAGACGGAUUACAUCAAUGCCAGUUUCAUGGAUGGCUACAAGCAGAAGAAUGCUUACAUUGGUACACAAGGCCCUUUGGAGAAUACCUACCGAGAUUUCUGGCUUAUGGUAUGGGAACAAAAAGUCUUGGUGAUUGUCAUGACCACCCGCUUUGAGGAGGGCGGCAGGAGAAAGUGUGGCCAAUACUGGCCUUUAGAAAAAGACUCUCGGAUCCGAUUUGGCUUCCUCACCGUGACCAAUCUAGGCGUGGAGAAUAUGACCCAUUAUAAGAAAACAACGCUAGAAAUUCACAACACAGAGGAACGGCAGAAACGCCAGGUGACCCACUUUCAGUUCCUGAGCUGGCCAGAUUAUGGUGUCCCUUCCUCGGCAGCUUCCCUCAUUGAUUUCUUGAGAGCCGUCAGGAACCAGCAGAGGCUGGCUGUCAGCAGCAUGGGAGCACGCGCCAAAGGGCAAUGCCCUGAGCCACCCAUUGUGGUCCAUUGCAGUGCGGGCAUUGGCCGGACAGGUACCUUCUGCUCACUGGACAUCUGCCUGGCACAGCUGGAGGAGCUUGGCACCCUUAAUGUGUUCCAGACAGUGUCCCGCAUGAGGACCCAGAGGGCCUUCAGCAUCCAGACCCCUGAGCAGUACUAUUUCUGCUACAAGGCAAUCCUGGAGUUUGCAGAGAGGGAGGGCAUGGUGCCCCCCAGCCACAACCUCCUGGCCAUGGAGGGUCAGUAA